UCGAAGGUUUUAUAAAAUAUGCAGCAGAGCAAACGAGCAGACAAACGACCGCAAGAGAAGUUGCCGUUGGAGUCUGCCGUACUUUGACUCCCUUAUAGCAAGUAAAUUUAAAGGAACUUAAAAUGGUUAAGGCAGUCACGAAACCCGCCGCCGAAAAGCCGCCGUCUGGCGGAUCGGUGCAAGUCAACCUGGUCGAAGAGAGUAACGUCGAAGUCGCAAAGGAACCAGUCGUGGUGGAAUUUACACGCACAGAACGACGAAGACCUCCGCGGACGUGUGUUUUCGUAACUCUCCUGUUAUUGGUGUUACUGGUAGGAUUCCUGGUUGUCUACUCAAUCGAGAAAUCGAACCGGGACAAAAACAGAUCCAUGCAAUGGAAAUAUGGUGAAGAUGGCAUCAAGAUUACAGAUCCUCCAAGGGUAUUAAAUAAUUCAGAAUCCUCCAGUACAUUUUGGUGCGGCACAGACGAUGUUUCUUGGGAAACUCAGGAGGAAUUUUACACUUUGUCAGAUGCUAUCAGCCAAGAUGACAUCAUGGGUUUAAGGCCAAUUUUCAGGAAGGAUCUCCCACAUAAUUAUGUUGCAUACUGGGAAGCGAAAAUCAAUGGAAAAACUGGAGAAAAAUAUGUGAUCAUCUCAGCCGCUAGACAGACGGGAGAUCAUCGUCUUGCUGAAGAAGGAUCUUUACCAAGUCCUUCAGACCUACUUACAGCCCAAGCCAACAGUCAUGGAUAUGGCUGUCACAGAGUCUAUCGCCUAAGACCUGAUGGUCUCAUGGCAUGUGAAGAUACUGAUGUAAACAAAAUGGUCGCCAUCACAAGGAACAUUGAUACAGAUUCUACCGAUAUUGAUUGGAGACACCUGGACAAACAAGUAACGAGGAAGUUACCCAACAUGGAGAGAGAAUGGAAAGAACAAGCAGAGCGUUUGAAAAAGACGCCAGAGUGGAACAGGUUCGAGUGGCUGUCCAUGGCGGUAGGGGACGUUAGCACAAAGCCUACAACUCUAGUUGAACCAAUCACAACCUCGCCAACACAUGAAUCAUCUGUUAACCUAGAAACGGAGUAUAACUUCGAAGUGGAAGAAACUGAAGAUGGUUUCAAAGCAGAGCUGGGACUGCAACCGGGCGACUCGGUUCGGAUUCCUCUCGGCGAGGGCUUUCGUGAUGUUCGUGUCAAGUUCGUCGGCCUUCGGGAUGGUGAUUGGAUAAAAGCAAAGAGCGGCAAGAAACGUUGGCAGAAACGACUUUGUCGCGUUUUAAGUGAUUUGUGUGAUAGUGACGGAAAUGUAGAUAUCAGUAUGGUUAGCAAACGUUUCUUCAAACUGACGAAGACGGGCGAUCGUUUUAUCAAAGUUAAAGUUGACGCAGACGAAAAUUUUGUUCGGAGAAACCUCGGUGGAAGGGAAAUACGUUUUAAAGUAGAACUGCGGACCCGUGGGACUCAGACCAUGGUUAUCAACUAUGGAAUUAUUUUGAAGAAUAGAAGGCAUCGGCGUGCUUUCUCCAACAAGCACUUUGGAAUACCACAUGAAGAGUUGCUCCCAAAGUAUCGUCAGCAUCAUCAUGGCCAGUGUACGACAGGUUCGGGUCCAGUGGCGUGGGCAAAGAUACUCGGUUACUUCAAUAAUAUGGCGGCUAGAACUUACAAUUCAAGUUAUCCACCACUGAACAAUAUGUUGGAUUGGCCCGCUCAUUUACCUCUAACAAUGGACACAUCGGUAGAAAACAUGACGCAACGGAUAUUUUCCGUGCUUGGAUCGCAUUGUUCACACCAUGGUGGAGGAGUAACCUCCCCUGCUCACAUGGGGCGAAUCAAGAAAGCCUUUGAGAAAGUCCCGGGACGAGAGCUUAAAGUUAUUCAUCGAGGAUACCAUGGAGGCAAGGCAGGCUCGUGGAAAAACUUGAUCAUCGAUCUUCUGAAAAAAGGAUACCCAGUUAUUGUGAGUAAAGACAACAGUAAACAUGGCCAGCACCAUUAUGUGGUUGUAACACGGAUCCGACAGAGUGCGAGGUAUUACAGUUUUUGUCGCCGUCAGACAGGCGAAUGUUCGCCUUGGACUUUAAAGGAGGAAUCGCUGAUGUUUGUUCACGAGGAAGACGCGCCUGGUAAAUGGGAACCCGCCGACAUUCGAUUUAUGGCUGCAAUCUUUGAGAGAUGAACCGAACAAUCUCAAGUCAGUCUUAAUCAGCAGAAGUAAUCUGAUUGUCGCUCCUCGGGCUACACACGUAGGAUUUGUAUGAA